AGGCAUCUCCUCAGAUGAUCUCAGUGACGAAGUUUGCUGCUCUCAACGGGGGCGAGACUCAUCAGUGGACUACUCCACUUCAGACAACUCCAUUGAAGACGACUGCUUCGAUAAUGGAAGGGUAUCUCGUGCAUAUUCUAUGAAUGCAUUCGCAACAAUGGACAACGAGGUCGCCCUGGUGUUGCCCAGCCGCAGGGCGCUGCUCCAGACGAUAAGGAGGGCCCGAAAUGCCAUGCGUCCUGCUGAACCGACCUGUGCAGAGGAUGUAGACAUUGUGAGCCCCUACAACCAGACUCUGGAUGGCCAGGAUUUCCUGCUGUACCAAGGGUCGGCGCAGGGGGCACACUUCCUCAUCUUCAGCACAGCAAACAACAUGAAGCUCCUGUGCGACAGCACAACUGCGCUCGGUGAUGGAACAUUCUUCGUAACACCGAAGAUAUACACACAACUGUACACCCUCCACGGGUGGUGUGGCCUCGCGGCCAGCGUGCAGAAAAUGCUGCCUCUAGUGUAAACCCUCCCCACAAGCAGGACUGAGGAGUCCUACGUGCACGUGUUUGAGGUUGGUUCCUGUUAACGUUUCUGCCCUAAUAAUACAAGCUGGAAGUCUUAGAGAAACUAAAUUGUAGACAUGCUUAUGAACACAAUUUUAUGAUACAAUAGCCAGUGUUUGGUAUGCUACGUCUAUAAACUUCUUUUUAAGAUGG